GUUUCGCUGGCUAAUAUUAAUGGAUGAACAAAAAAAAAAAGUGUACCUCAAACUUUAUGAAUCGGUGGAUCCACUUGCCAUGGAAAAUAUGAAUACUGGUCACGUUAUAUUGUGUACAGACAUGAGAUGGACAACAUGCAAGAAUUAUAAGGAAAGCUUUUUUUGCUCAACAUUUGCUACUCAAGUGUUUAUAAAGCAACUAAACACUGAUAGUUUUGGUAAUUACUUUUUUCCGCAGGGAAUACGAAGGUGUGACCGUUUAAUAAGCUUUGCCUAUUCGUUGAAGGACAUGUCAACUUUUUCAAAUUUUGGGUAUUUUCCAUUCUCGACUACUUCUUAUGAAACUUUGGAGGACUGUUCGACAGUUCUAAAGAAGAUUGAGUAUCUCAAAUUAUAUCAAGUUCAUCGGACGGUUAUUCAAGGAACUGUCACACUCAUCGAGUAUAUUCCCAUUCUAUUGACUCCCAAAACGGGUGCCGGCCGCGAAUCCGCCACUUCGCUGAAGCAAGAAGAAAUUGAUAGGAGUGCACCAUGUAACUUCUACAGGCUUAAUACUUCUAACGCGAAAACUUCGGAGCACUUGUUGAAAAAAAAAAAAAUAGCUUUAUAUGAAUGGAAAGAAAAUAAAAAUAGCAAGAUUCGACCUUUUUUUGACGAAUGGGAGGGUUUAACAACACAACUCGCCGAUGAAGAUAGUACCGAAUUUAUGAUCAGCAACAAAAAACAUGAUCCGGAAAAGUAUAUCGUCAUGCGACCUACCAAACACUGCUGGCCAAUAACUGAUCCCAUAGCGCCAUUUGAGGCGUUUUAUUGGAGAGUUUCCUUACUAAAUUUAAACCGUAAAAUACUGUUGCAAGGGAUGAUUCUGCCUUUUCGUUAUAAAGCAGACGACUCGACUUCUUUUAUCGAUAAAGAUCAACUCAAACAUCCCUAUAAAACUCUAUUAGAAAAGUUUUCCUUUAUCAAAAAUAAAAAGUUAAAAGAAAACCAAAAAGUUUCAAGCGAAGAGCAAAAUUAUUUAAAAAAAGAACUUGAAAAUAAAAAAUUGUUAUUCUUUAUUGAAAUUCGCCGCAAUGGACCAAAAAUAGAACAAGUGGAAAUAAUAAUAAAUGGUGUGCACGAAGUAAAAAACGCUGAUUAA